AGAAAAAAUAGAACUUUCUCUUUCUUUAUCCUAAUCUUGUCUUCCACAUAUGUAGAGAGAGAGAUAAGAGUGGUCAUCCAAAGCCUACAAAAUCCUCUCUCUCUCUCUCUCUUUCACCAUUGAAACCAGAAACCCAGAAGAAAAAAAGAAAAAAAAAAGAAAUAGCUUUUACUGAGGAGCCACUGCCACUCACAGAAUUUUACAAAAUCCCAAAAAACCCCACAAAAAAAAGAUUCAAUCUUUCAAAUCCAUUUUUUUUUCAGAAAAACAUAGAAACAACCUCAAAAUCUCUUUACCACCACUACACUCUCUUACAAAGAAGAAAAACCAAACAUGGGUUUAUCACUCAAGCUCUCGUCUCUUUGCAUCAUCAUCAUACUCUCCAUGGCCCUGUUCUCAGAUCUCAAGCUAGCGGAUUCUGCAUCACCAGACUACACGAACUUAAUCUACAAAGGAUGCGCAAGACAGCAGUUCUCAGAUCCGUCUGGUCUGUACUCGCAGGCCCUCUCUGCAAUGUAUGGCUCAUUGGUCACUCAGUCAACUAAAACCAAGUUCUACAAAACCACUACUGGUACGACGAGCCAAACCACCAUUACUGGUCUUUUUCAGUGUAGAGGAGACUUGAGCAACAACGACUGUUACAGCUGUGUUAGUCGUCUUCCUGUUCUCUCCGGGAAGCUCUGCGGCAAAACCAUUGCAGCUAGAGUUCAGCUCUCCGGCUGUUAUCUUCUUUAUGAAAUUGCUGGCUUUGCUCAAAUUUCAGGGAUGGAGAUGUUAUUCAAGACAUGUGGGAAGAACAACGUGGCCGGAACAGGGUUCGAAGAGAGGAGAGACACUGCCUUUGGUGUAAUGCAAAACGGUGUCGUUUCAGGGCACGGCUUCUACGCGACUACUUACGAAUCUGUUUACGUGUUAGGACAGUGCGAAGGCGAUGUGGGAGAUUCAGAUUGUAGCGGCUGCAUCAAGAACGCGUUAGAGAAGGCUCAAGUGGAAUGUGGAAGCUCGAGCUCCGGUCAGAUUUAUCUUCACAAGUGUUUCAUCGGUUAUAAGUAUUACCCUAAUGGUGUUCCCAGAGGACCUUCUUCGCCUUCUUCAAGCUCUGGCUCUUCAGGUUCUUCUUCUUCCUCAGGAACAACAGGCAAAACGGUGGCAAUAAUAGUAGGAGGAACAGCUGGUCUUGGAUUUCUUAUCAUUUGUUUGCUUUUCGUCAAAAACUUGAUGAAGAAGAAAUAUGACGAUUAUUGAAAAUAAGGAGGAUGAAGCCAACAAAAAGAAACCAACCCCGGAAUAGAGCAAACUGAAGAGUAGCCCCGUUCUCUGCACUUCGUAAGGGCUUCCCGGAGAAUAGUCCUUCUGCAGAAAGGAGAGAUCGAACAACUCUCGCAGGGGCCGCAUACGAGAACGACACGGUUCUAUCAUCCUCCUCGAUUGUCCAUCCAAACCCUAUAAGGUGAGACAAUUCUUACACUAUAACCCAAGACUAUAACUAUCACUUAAAAAUGAUAAGUGGUGAAUAUUAUUGUUUUCUUCUUGGAAUCAGUAGUGUUACAUUGUAUAGAUGCAAAUUUAUACAUCUUUGUGUAUAAAUUACACUAGAUAUCUUCUUUUUUGUAUGUUUUAAUGAUAUUUUGUUUUUAGGGCGUUA